GGGAAGGGUGGCAUAUCAGCUGGAAAGAAGACGAAGACUUGGAAGAAUCUGAAACAAAUCCUCGCUAUGGAGAGGACUUUACCAUGGAAACCAGAGGACCCUACAUACAGCAGUUUGGAUGGACCUCCUUCCUUCAAACCAGCAAAAAAGUACUCAGAUUUAUCAGGCCUGCCAGCCUCCUACACAGAUCCUCACACCAAGAUCAGAUAUGCCAACACAGAUGAGUUCUCCAGGAUAAGGAUGCUACCAUCAGAUAUUGUGACUGGAUACUUGGCUCUGAGAAGAGCAAAUACACCUGUGCCAUAGUGUCUAAAAUCCAAGUUAAUUUUGUCAUUGUUAUUUCAUGUCAGUCCAUUAUAAUACGAUGUAUAUUGCAGGAUUAUACAUUUUUUAUCUAAAUACUGUAAAUGCAGAAAUGUUCGCGGUGGAUUAAUGUUCGCGGUUUUCGCGGUGACCAUUUUACCGUGAACUUAAAACCACCGCGAACAUUUGUCUAUCGUGGUAUUAGACUGCAGUCUAUGGUGUUACCGUGAAAUUAAAACCACCGCGAAAAGUCCUUUUCCCCGCUACUGCGAAAUUAAAUCCCCGCAAACUUAAAUGCAUUUACAGUAUAUAACGUUAUAUUAUCAUACAGAUUAUUUUGGAUGACCUGACUAUAUUCCUCAUGCAGUGUAUAUGGCCUUGUUUGCUUUGCUCACUCGGUGAAUUUAAUCAGUGUUGAUAACAAAUGACCAGGCCUUAUGACACCAUAUACACCUCAGUGGGUUGAUAACCCUUUAUUUUAGGGUAGUUUCUUUCGUAUGAAAAAGUAAUUAGUCUUUGCUAACAAAAAAUCUAUUUAUCUCUUUUGUUGUCAUUUUGUAAAAUAACAUUGUAUUACAGAGACAGGUAUAAUAAGUAUUAGACAAGGCAUAAUAGAAAAGUAGUAUUAAAAAUGCAUGCAGUAAAAUGCAUUAUGUUGGUCCUAUUGCUUGUACAUGGAAGAUGUUACAUAAGCUUGCAUAUGGCAAAUAUUUAUAAUACUAUGUUAACAGUUCGGUAACUGUCAGUCAUUUUGUUGAGUAGGCUACAAAAUGGUGAAGUAAGCUACUUUUAUUAUUUAACUAUCCCUUGGUCAUGCUUCAGAAUUGUAAAUGGUCUAAUUGGACAAACAUUACUGGAAGGAAAAGUAGUUACAAAGUGAGUACUGUUGUUUCUGUUAAUUUUGUAUGAAAUAUGAUUUUCUGGAAACUUUCAAGAUUACACUAAUACUUGUAAUUCUUGUAAUGUAGUAAUUGAAACAAUAUUUCCACUCUAACUCUUACACAGCAAAAUCACAAGACCACGAGCAUUUGUACAGUAAUGAACAUUGUGAACUUCAAAGGCCCAUCAUGUCAGCAAUGUCAGCAACAUUGUAUUCAGUCAUAGUUUCAGAUUACUGAAUUUAUGUAGAGAGUUCUUGGGGAGUUGAGUAGAAUGCUUACAGCUUCUCGAUUUUCACAUAACCAGUAGGUACUUUAUUGCAUAAUGUGAAGCAGCAUACCUUUUUUAUAAUUUCCGAAGUAUACUAUCACUCGGAAAACUACAUUACAUUCAAGAGUGUAAGACUCCUUUAUGGUCACUGGUAGGUCAGCUCAUGGGAGCCAAUCCAGCUGACUUUGAUGUUGGCACUGGCCCUAUCUUAUAACACAGGAACCUGGUUUGUACAUAAUGUACAAAAUAACUUUGAAAGUCUUUGUAUCGUAAGUGAUAACUCAUCUUUCAAACAACAUAUUUCAUCUUUAGGAGAGAGAGAGAGAGAGAGAGAAAGAUGAGAACGAUGGGAAGAGUUUACUUCUUCAGAUCUGCUUCAUUAAAUGUGCUCCAAUUCCACCUAUGAUCACACUUCGAGGCCAACCAGUCCCAUCCGUUGACUGUGCCAAGGGACUAGGUUUCUACAUGGACAAGAACCUCACCUUCGACGAACAGAUCUCUGCAAUGAUCAGUAAAGCAUCGUGCAGACUGAAUUAUUUGCGUCUGUUGACGAAGCAAGGUACCUGUGUAAUGGACCUAAUACAGAUAUACCUGGCACUUACACGUCCAGUACUUGAGUAUGGCCAUGUGAUACUGGUCGGGUGCAGUAAGGAGCAGGAACUGGCCAUCGAGAGGGUACAGCGCCGGGCCCUGCGCAUCAUCUCCCUAGGAGGAAGGCGCAGUGUGCCCGACUUGCCCCCACUCAAAGUCAGACGGGAGGAGGCAGCGGUACAGCUGUUUGAACGCAUGCUCAGGGAAGACCACCCCCUGCAUGACAUGGUUCCACCCACAAGAACAGGGGCCACGGGACUCACACUUAGAAACUCUAGGACAAUCAGUUUACCAAAAGCCCGUACUAAGAGACUCAGCAAGUCCUUCCUCCAUAGCGCCAUCCGUCUAUACAACAAGAAGGUUACACAGUAGUGCCAUCAACACUUGUGUUAGCCAUUACCUGUACUGCUUGUAACUCGGCACCGUUUUCCAAUAAGGUGAUUUUAAUCUAUUAUGUAUGUUAUGCACAUGUCAACUGGAAUCUACAAGUCGUUGUUUGUAUGCAGCAAUUGUUAUUAUGUGUUUUUGUGUAACUAUGGUAAGCCAGACGUGUGUAAUAAGGUCAAAAUUCGGGUGAAUGUGUGUUUGCCCGCGAGAACCUUAAUAAAUAAAACAUUGAACAUUGAAA